AUGGCGUUUCCUUACAUGAAAGCGUUUAUUUCUCUUUUCUUCUACCGUUAUUUUCGCCUUGUGGUGAAUUGUUUCUCCUUUUGGACUUUCAAGCCAAUUCUUCCUCCAGAGAAUCCCAAGUUGACUGCCCAGGAUGUCUCUGUUAUCAUCCCCACACUUGAGGGGUGCGGCGAUGAGUUGGUAGAAACAAUUCGGUCAAUUCUUGCCAACCAUCCAUUUGAACUCCUCCUGGUGACUAUAGAAGCAAAUCGGAAGAAAGCCGAGAAGAUGCUGGAAACCAUGCCUGCUUCGAAGUCUCGAAUCCGCCUUUUCACAGUUUUGCACCCUAACAAACGCCACCAGAUGGUGCGUGCUCUUCCAGAAGUUCGCACGGCCAUUACCAUCUUCUCCGAUGACGAUGUAAGCUGGCCGCCCACUGUGCUUUCUUGGAUCCUGGCGCCGUUUGAGAAAGACGAGAUGUUCGGAGGCGUAGGCACCUGUCAGCGAUUGCGCCGUGCUACUGCACCAACCUUUUCUCAACGCAUCUGGGGUUUCCUUGGAGCUCUCUACCUAGAGCGUAGAAACUUCGAUUGUGCUGCCACUACCCACAUAGACGGUGGACUGCCUUGUCUUUCAGGCCGAACGGUUGCCUAUAGGACUAAAAUCCUCCAAGACCCUGUCUUCGCCCAUGGUUUCACCAACGAGGACUGGUGGGGCAGAUAUCACCUCAAUGCAGACGAUGACAACUUUAUUACCCGUUGGAUGGUAUCACAUGGCUGGGAGACGUACAUCCAAUAUCACCCCGAGGCUGAAAUUCAGACCACCUUGGAGGACAAUGUCAAGUUCCUGAAGCAGUGCGCGCGAUGGUCUCGAAGCAACUGGCGGAGCAACCUCACGAGCAUGUUCCGUGACAAAGAUAUUUGGUAUCGUCAACCUUGGAGCACAUAUGCUGUGCAUUUAACAACCUUGUCACCACCGGCCCUUCUUGGUGACAUGAUCCUUGUUUUCCUUUGCAAUAAAGCCACGGAGUCCUGGGACCAUGACUCACAUGUCCUUGCAAUGCGUGCUCUUUUCAUGUGGAUGUUCGUCAGCAAAUUUAUUAAGCUUCUCGGACACUAUAUUCGCUAUCCAGUCGAUGUCUUGCUUCUCCCGGUAUCCAUCCUUUUCGGGUACUUUCACGGUGCUAUCAAGAUGUAUGCAGCGGUCACUCUCAAUGUGACUGCUUGGGGUAGUCGAGAGGGCGCCGACGAUUUCGAUGAAGAGCGCAUGAAGAAGAAACGCAUUGCCAGCAUCUAA